AUGAUUCUUCCACACUUUGAGUCCAAUUAUAAUUCAGUCAUCAAAUAUUCCAAGGUGAAACGACUGCAAAGUUUCUCAAACGUCGCCAAUCCAAAACAAGGAAGUUUCUUGCUUCCAUUCGAAGAUUUGGUAAAUAUUACCUUUUUCCGAUCGACGAUGAUGAAUUCUAAGGAUCAUUCAGUUUGUGUCAUGACUCCAGCCGAAGUCAGAGAUAUUUGUGGUGCAGGAUUGGAGAAUACAACUGUGAGGAAAGCGAGCGAUUACAAGAACAUUGUAUUCACUGGCGAUCUCUUGGAUGCCCGAACAAAUCCUAACGCCACUGAUAAACUAGAAGAAAUAGUGAGCAAACGAAUGAUGGAAUACAAAAGGAUGCAGACAGUCACCACCAAGUAUGCACGUGCUGGAAGCAGUCACCUUCCAGGACUUUUGCGUGUCAAUUCGCCGCGAAAAUCCCCGUUUCCAAUGGAACAGCGGGUUUCCCGAAUUGCCUACGAUUGGUUUCAGGAGCUACAAAGCCUUGUUGCACAUGCAUUAAUGAAGCCAGGACGAUUACUAGAAGAAUGCUUUGAGAAUAGAAUCAAGACAAGAGGUCCGUACAAUGCUCUUCAUUUCCGGAUUGAAGCUGAUAUGAAAAAGGAAUUGAAAAGGAGCCCAGCUUCAAUCAUCAAAUUCGUUGACAACAGCCGCCAAGUACCGAAAGACAUGCCGUUGUACAUUGCACUUUCUGGGAGCAUUGAUUCGCACAGACAAGCAUUUGCCGAUGUGAAUUACACCAUUGUUUCCAAGACCGAUUGGGCGCCUGAGAUCAUGAAUGUCACCAAGGGGCACAGAGAAAUCUUGGCUUUCUUCGAGCAACUAGUAUUAUUUCACAGCGAGUUUUUUGUUGGAACCAGUGUCAGCUCAAUGAGCUUUUAUGUCAUGGCGGGGAGGACUCAGAUAGAGGAAUGA